GGGAGCAAGUUGCAGGCCUAGAGCUCUCUCUGCGGAGCUCUCUGUGGGGUUGGUUCUGACCACUGCAGAAGCGACCUCUGCAGUCUGUCUGUUUUGUAUCGCGUUGAGACAGCGGUCGAGUGACGGCAUCCAUCGGUGCCGCACGCGCACGGCGCUGAGUGUUGACUGACGUAAGCGCUGCAUGCCAUGCUGGCACGGCGUGCCAUGCUGGCUGUGACGCACUGCACAUGUGCAUCAUGGAUGACCCUACCGCGGUCAUGGAAUUGGCAUGAUUCUGUACUCUCUGUCUGUCUGGCGCUGUCUGUGUUUCUGUGCAGCAGGUCACUGUAGUUGUUGCUUCGCUUCGCUUCGCUUCGCUCGUUGGGCGUCGGUUGCUUCGGUGGUUGAUUCCCUCGGCUGUCUUGUUUGUCGGUCACUGAAUUGCCUUCAUCGGUCGUCGGUCGGUCAACAUGCCCAUGACAUUGUCUCCCGGCCCUGGCACUCCUCCCAACAGGCCUGCGACGAUGCGGGUGCCGGACUUCACUCCCCCGUCACAGCAGCAGCAGCAGCAGCGCCGAGGUGGCUACGGCGACGUCACUCCCCCGCCAGAGCACCGAAGUGGCCACGGCGUCACGCGGCUGGACCAGGACAAGGUGCAAGGGCUCGUGGCCAUGGGCUUCCCGAGGCUCAACGCCGAAUUCGCGCUGCUGGCCCGCCGCAAUGGUACGCACAACACCGCACAGGGCCGCACAGUGUGGGGGGGCCAGGCACGUGAUGUGCACGUGCACUUGUGUGUCUGUGUCUGUGUUGGUGUGUGUGUUGGCUGUGCUGUGCUGUGCAGACAUGGGGCGAGCGAUUGACUUGCUGGUGAGUAUGACGAGCAGCGGCAAGUGCACGCCCCGACCACCGCCGUCCGACCCGUUGUCCUCCAAGUCACGCCCCGCCAGCAGCCGCCGCAGCAGUGUGUGGGAGGAGGUCGACCCGUUCCUUUUGUAUGAGGGCCAGCCCGAGGAGGAGGUCAAGGCCCUCAGGCAUGAGCUUCACCAGCGCAAAUGCGCCUUCUCCCGCUACGUCAACACACUCCGCAAACAGCCACAGUAAGCCCCCCAGCACCACACACAUACACACACACACACACACACACACAAAUCCAUCCCUGCAUCCUUAGGAUGGCCGACGAGAUGCGGAUCAGCUCGGAUUCGGGCGAUAGAGUGCGGCUGGUAGACUUGGACAAGAAGGCCAGAUGGGAGUUGGUCCGCGACGGG